AUGCCUUACCAUGAUCAUGAGUUUGUAUCUUCUUCAAAUAAUCUAUUAAUUACAGAGGAACUAGAUUUUGACAGGACGACUCUAUUGCAAGAGUUUCAUCAGCUUCUUGGUUCAUUAACAGAUGAACAAAGAGGUGUUUUCGAUGAUAUUAUCACAAAUGUUAAACAAAAGAAAGGAGACGUCUUUUUUGUUUAUGGUUACGGAGGUACAGGGAAAACAUUUCUCUGGAAAACAUUAUACGUUGCUUUAAGUUCGGAGGGUGAAAUCGUGUUAAAUGUUGCUUCAAGUGAUAUUGCUUCCUUAUUAUUGACAGGAGGUAAGACAACACACUCUCAGUUUAUAAUCCCUUUAAAUCUUACUGAGGAUUCGUUUUUUUCUAUAACGCCAGAAAGUGAUGUUGUUGAAUUGUUAAAAAAAACAUCAUUGAUUAUCUGGGACGAGGCACCCAUGAUUCACAUGCAUGCCUUUGAAGCUUUGGAUAGAUCUUUGAAGGAUAUAUUAGGUUUUGAUCUUCGUAGCAACUCAAAAUUUCCAUUUGGAGGAAAAGCAAUUGUUUUUGGAGGUGAUUUCAGACAAAUUCUAUCUGUUGUUCCUAAUGGAAGUAGACAAGACAUCGUCAAUGCUUCAAUAAGUUCCUCCUACAUUUGGUCAAAUUGCAAGUUCUUAAGAUUAACAAAAAGCAUGAGGUUAAGUCUUCAAACAUCUAAUAUUGAAGAAACAACCACAUUUGCAAACUCGAUUUGGGUUUAA